AAAAUUCACACUAAAAACUAAUCACAGUAAUCAAUUAAUCACACAAUAUUUUAUUUUUUAAAUGAGAAGCAGCUUCCCUGGUGAUAAUAAGAGGAAAAUUGUAGAAUGGUUUGAUGCUGGCAGUGUUAACAUUGGAAUCGGAAAGUCCGAGAUGUCACAUAGAAUCGGGACAAAGCUCUUUGUGUGCAGAUUAUCCUUUUACACUACACAGGAGCAGCUCAAAACCUUGUUCUCUCCAUUCGGGGUGGUUACCAAGGUUGAUCUAGUCAUGGAUCCUAGAACUAAAAGGCCAAAAGGGUUUGGGUUUGUCUCCUACAAGUCUGAAAUUGAAGCGGAAAAUGCCAUGAAAGCCAUGAACGGCAGGAUUGUUAAUGGAAAGCUGAUUUUGGUUGAACCUGCAAACGAGAAAUGACCUGAAGACAAUGUCUUAUAUACAGUGUCCACAUUCGUGCAUGAAAUAAUCUUUUGUUAAUAUAAUAUUUCAACAGAUGUUGAGUAAAACUUUUGUAUAUUUUUAGAUGAUAUUUCAAAGGGUUGAUAUAUUUAUUUGAUUUAGUUUUUAUAAAAUAGAUAUUUUACUCAAAAUUGAUCUUUUUAAUUUGGUUUUAGACUUCCUCUUAUCCUUUUGGCUAGGUCCUUUAAACUAGGUCCUAUCUUUUGACUUGUUAUUUCAGCAGCUAGUUUCACAUUAUCCUCUUGACCUAGU